AUGCAAGCCCGCGUACCUGGCGCCGAGAUGAAACAGCCAGAUGCAGCAUCUGCCCUCGCUCACACCUCUCACCAGGCGCGCUUGCACGUCGAUGGUCAGGCUGGGAGCUCCUUGCGAGAAGCGGUCUCGCCUUCAUCGCUCGACUCGCUUUCCCUCAAAAGCAGCCAAGAUGCAUGCGAGGAGGGCUUUGAUGAUGGGUGGCGCGACAUUCCAGCCAACCAUUUCCUAGCCCAACAAGGUCGCAAGGCCUCCCGCUUCUCUCCGCCACGCACCACAGCGUCGUGCAGCAACAGCUCCCCAGACGCUGGCGCAUUCCAUCAGCCGCUUGCUGAGCUAGCUGCUGUGCUGCCAGAUGGCCUCCGUCCGCAAGGUCCAAAUCCUUUGCCUGCUCAGAACACGCACGAAGGCUUAGCGGCUGUGGCGCACGAGACCGGCAUGCCGGACACUUCAACUCUUGCCGCAGCAGACUUCGACAUAGACGUCAGAUCCGGCUUUUUGCCACCCGAGGCACCUCUCUCGCACCUCUCGGGUGUAUACGAAGAGUGGGAGUCCAAGCUAGAGGGAGCGGCACACGCGGGCCUCAGUCUCUAUGGCGGCGGUCCGACAACCAACUUUCAUCGCCGUGCGAGCGCAAGGAGGUGGAGGAGGUCAAUUCGUGAAAUGCCAAUCUUGCCUCUCCAGGGAGUGGUGCUGGCCGACAUUCGACACGCAAGGCGCGCUCAUCUCGUCCUCUCCUUCCUCGCGCACUUUUAUUUGCACAGUCAGCCAGAGCCGACGGAGGACUUUCUCGCACCACUUGCGCAAGGCUGGAACGAGGCAACGAAGGGCAAGGGAAAGGGCAGGGAGCACGACGUCUCUCUAGAAGCCGCAGAUGACGCGGCAGACGCAGCACAAGAGGCUGCUGGCAUCUACGCCGCCACAGUCCCCGCUUCCCUUGCAGUACCAUGGACAGGCUUGUCGCGCCAUCUGGACUUGCCGCCCAUUCUGACUUAUGCGACAACAGUGCUUUGGAACUGGCAGUACAAGGAUCCUGCGCGUGGCCUCGCCCUUGACAAUGUCAAAAUUCGCAAUACGUUCAGCGGCACCGCGUCAGAAGAGCACUUCUAUCUCAUCUCGCUGCUCAUUGAGCUGCGCGGGGUUGAAGCUUUGGAACUGAUGCGCAUAUCUCUCGACGAAGCAUUCGUUGCCGAUCAUCUCGCUCGACGACGUAUCGCGCACUACCUCCGUCGGCUUGUCGACGUUGUCCAUGACCUCACGACCCUUCUCGCCAAGAUGAAAGAAGCCUGCGAUCCCGUCACCUUUUACUGGGGCAUCCGACCCUGGUUUAGAGGGGGAGAUUCUGCACCCCGUGGAGGUCAAGGGUGGAUCUACGAAGGCGUGGAUGAGCCGGGUGAGAAAAGGCUGCUCAACGGACCGAGCGCAGGUCAGUCCUCUCUCAUCCACGCCCUCGACGUCUUCCUCGACGUCGACCACACACGUCUCAAGCCUCGCGUAGCUGCGCACAGCGCCAGACAACAGUCUGACGUGGCGCACGCAUUGAGUGAAAGGGACGCUGGCAUAAAAGAAAACGCAACCUUUAUGGAGAAGAUGCAGAUGUACAUGCCUGGACCUCACCGCGCAUUCCUGACGCACCUCCGCAAUCUCUCGUUCGACGAUGACCAUGAGACUUCCUGCCGCGUGAAUGGGCUUGAUGGGGUCUCACGGUCGACGAGCCCGCCAAGCGACAGCGCUUCAUCGUCAUCGGACGAUAUGGGUAUGGACACCGUGCCACCGCCUCCGUCGCACCCCAUCCGUUCUUUGGCGAUUGCUAAGGAGGUCUCCGGCAAGCCGUUUCAAGACGAUCUCGCAAGCGCGUACGACGCUGCUCUGAUCUCGUUGAGGGUUCUACGGGACGAGCAUAUGCGCAUCGCAGCGCUUUACAUUAUCAGCCAAGCCCGCAAACAGCCCCCGCCGGAGUAUGCUCCUUUGCCAAAAAAUUUCACGGGGGCCGUAGAGGUCGAAAGGGUCGCCGGCGCGCAGCAGAGCGACGCCAAGGAAGCCUCCGGCGUACCCAAGGGCACGGGAGGCACGGAUCUCGUCUCAUUCCUGAAGGCUUGCCGCUCCAACACCACGGACGCUCUCCUCGGCUCUCUACGAUAG